UCCACCUGUAAUGCAGGAGGGAGCACUGGCCGGUUCUCCCGUGAGCCCCACGGCAGCCACGCCACCUCCAGGCACCCAGGCCCAGGCCAGAUGUGACGCCCACGUGGACCUGCUGGGCAAGCGGGGCAUCUGCAAGCUGCCAGGAAGACUCCGGAUCCAGCCGGCGCUCUGGAGCCGCGAGGACGUGCUGCACUGGCUGCGCUGGGCCGAGCGCGAGUACUGCCUGCAGCGCACCCGGGAGCGCGGCUUCGAGAUGAACGGCCGCGCGCUCUGCAUCCUCACCAAGGACGACUUCCGGCUCCGCGCGCCCGGCUCAGGUGACGUCCUGUAUGAGCUGCUCCGGUGCAUCAAGACCCAGCGGCAAGCCCUGGUGUGCGGCCCGUUCUUCGGGAGGGCCUUCGGGCGGACGAUGCCCCGGGGGCACUGCCCUCGCCCCCUGGAAGAGGGGACCAGGCCCCCUCCGGUGGCCCGGAGAGGCCUCCUGCAGCGGCCACCCGACCUGGAGCUUACCAACUCCUGGAGCCGCCUGGAUGCCCCUGGCCUGGCCAGGUGGCCCCCCGGCAGGGAGGAGGCCCUCAGCUCACCUCGCUGUGGGGAGCUCAGCUGCAGGGCAGAGGGAGUCUGCUCCUUCCCCACGAGGCCGCAGGCCCCCGUCGACGGCAGGAUCGCAGACUGCCGGCUGCUGUGGGACUACGUGUACCAGCUGCUCUCUGACACCAGGUACCAGUCCGUCAUCCGGUGGGAAGACGAGAACGCCAGGAUCUUCCGAGUUGUGGAUCCCAACGGGCUCGCCAGACUCUGGGGAAACCACAAGAACCGCGUGAACAUGACCUACGAGAAGAUGUCGCGGGCCCUGCGCCACUACUAUAAGCUGAACAUCAUCCGGAAGGAGCCGGGGCAGAAGCUCCUGUUCAGAUUCCUGAAGCUGCCCGGGGAGCCGGCCCGGGACCAGGGCAGCCGCCCGGAGCAGCUGCAGAGCCGGGAGCAGGGCCAGGCGGGCUUCCAGGCGGACGUGCUGGCCGUCUCUCCGUGAGGGCGCGACCCAGGCCCUGGGCACGACGGGCCAGAGAGCGCGUCUCUCCUGAGGGCAGCGAGCUGCACGCCUCCGCCCUCCUCCCCGGGGGCAGGGAUCCCCGCCGGUGCACCCAGGACCUGCUGUUGGGGCCCUCCCAGCUGCCCGAGGACCUGCGCUGUGAGGACCGGUUGGCUCGCCCAGGACAUGGUGGGCAGCCCUCUGCG